AUGAACACUAUAGCGAUUAGUCAGAAUAACUGUCGCUUAAAGGUAGCCAUUCACGCUAGAGAUAUAUGUAUGCCUGCACAGGUUUGCUCGCACAGUUUAGCUGCGCAGGUAGCGCCGAGCAAUUACCUGAAAAAGCUCUUCCAUUCUCAUGAUGAUGAUGAUGAUGUUCUCCUAGCCGAUUCCGGCCACGGCGGCCAAUCUCAA